ACCACUACAACUGCAGCACCUACUUCAACAACUACAACUGAAGCUCCUACGAUAACCACAACUGCAGCACCUGCUUCGACAACUACAAGUGAAGCUGCUACGACAACCACAACUUCAGCGCCUACAACGACAACUACAACGACAACUACAACACCUACUACGACAACUACAACACCAACUACGACAACCACAACACCUACUACAACAACCACAGCUGUAUCUCCUACGACAACAUCUGUAGCUCCUAUGACGACUACAACUGCAGCACCUACUUCAACAACCACUGCAGCUCUUACAACCACUACAUAUGCAGUUCCUACAACAACGACAACUGAAGCUCCUACGACAACCACAACGGCAGCUCUAACUACAACAUCUGUAGCUCCUACGUCCACUACAACAGCAGCACCUACUACAACAACUACAAAUGCAGCUCCUACGACAACCACAACUGCAGCUCCUACUACAACUUUAGAUCCCACGACCAUUACAACAGAAGCACCCACUACGACCACUACAAACGCAGCUCUUACGACAACCGCAACUGAUACUCCUACUACAACUUUAGAUACUACGACCACUACAACAGCAGCACCUACAACGACAACUGUAGCUCCAACGACAACCACAACUGUAGCUCCAAGUACAACUGUAGCUCCUACCACCACAACUACACCGCAUACUUCGACAACCGUAGCACCUACGACCACAACUACACCACCUACUUCGACAACCGCUGCAUCUGCUAAAAUAACUACAACUGACGCUCCUACAACACCAUCUGUAGCUCUUACAACCACUACAACUUCAGCACCUACUUCAACAACUACAACUGAAGCUCCUACGAUAACCACAACUGCAGCACCUGCUACGACAACUACAACUGAAGCUGCUACGACAACCACAACUUCAGCGCCUACUACGACAACUACAACACCUACUACGACAACACCUACUACGACAACCACAACUGUAGCACCUACGACAACAUCUGUAGCUCCUAUGACCACUACAAAUGCAGCACCUACUUCGACAACUACAAAUGCAGUUCCUACAACAACGACAACUGAAGCUCCUACGACAACCACAUACAACCGUAGCACCUACGACCACAACUACACCAUCUACUUCGACAACCGCUCUCCUAUUACCACUACAACUGCAGCAUCUACUUCAACAACCACUGCAGCUCUUACAACCCCUACAUCAGCAGCACCUACUUCAACAACUACAAAUGCAGUUCCUACAACAACGACAACUGAAGCUCCUAUGACAACCACAACUGCAGCUCCAACUGCAACAUCUGUAGCUCCUACGACCACUACAACAGCAGCAUCUACUACAACAACUACAAAUGCAGCUCCUACGACAACCACAACUGCAGCUCCUACUACAACUUUAGAUCCCACGACCAUUACAACAGAAGCACCCACUACGACCACUACAAACGCAGCUCUUACGACAACCGCAACUGAUACUCCUACUACAACUUUAGAUACUACGACCACUACAACAGCAGCACCUACAACGACAACUGUAGCUCCUACGACAACCACAACUGUAGCUCCAAGUACAACUGUAGCUCCUACCACCACAACUACACCACCUACUUCAACAACUACAACUGAAGCUCCUACGAUAACCACAACUGCAGCACCUGCUACGACAACUACAACUGAAGCUGCUACGACAACCACAACUUCAGUGCCUACUACGACAACUACAACACCUACUACAACACCUACUACGACAACUACAACACCUACUACGACAACUACAACACCUACUAUGACAACCACAACUGUAGCUCCUACGACAUCAUCUGUAGCUCCUUUGACCACUACAACUGCAGCACCUACUUCAACAACCACUGCAGCUCUUACAACCACUACAUCAGCAGCACCUACUUCGACAACUACAAAUGCAGUUCCUACAACAACGACAACUGAAGCUCCUACGACAACCACAACUGCAGCUCCAACUACAAUAUCUGUAGCUCCUACGUCCACUACAACAGCAGGAUCUACUACAACAACUACAAAUGCAGCUCCUACGACAACCACAACUGCAGCUCUUACUACAACUUUAGAUCCCACGACCAUUACAACAGAAGCACCCACGACGACCAUUACAAACACAGCUCCUACGACAACCGCAACUGAUACUCCUACUAAAACUUUAGAUACUACGACCACUACAACAGUAGCACCUACAACGACAACUGUAGCUCCUACGACAACCACAACUGUAGCUCCAAGUACAACUGUAGCUCCUACCACCACAACUACACCACCUACUUCAACAACUACAACUGAAGCUCCUACGAUAACCACAACUGCAGCACCUGCUACGACAACUACAACUGAAGCUGCUACGACAACCACAACUUCAGUGCCUACUACGACAUACAACUGUAGCUCCUACCACCACAACUACACCACACUUACUUCGACAACCGUAGCAACUACGACCACAACUACACCACCUACUUCGACAACCGCUGCAUCUGCUAAAAUAACUACAACUGAUGCUCCUACAACACCAUCUGUAGCUCUUACAACCACUACAACUGCAGCACCUACUUCAACAACUACAACUGAAGCUCCUACGAUAACCACAACUGCAGCACCUGCUACAAAAACUACAACUGAAGCAGCUAUGACAACCACAACUUCAGCGCCUACUACGACAACUACAACACCUACUACGACACCUACUACGACAACCACAACUGUAGCUCCUACGACAACAUCUGUAGCUCCUAUGACCACUACAACUGCAGCAUCUACUUCAACAACCACUGCAGCUCUUACAACCCCUACAUCAGCAGCACCUACUUCAACAACUACAAAUGCAGUUCCUACAACAACGACAACUGAAGCUCCUAUGACAACCACAACUGCAGCUCCAACUGCAACAUCUGUAGCUCCUACGACCACUACAACAGCAGCAUCUACUACAACAACUACAAAUGCAGCUCCUACGACAACCACAACUGCAGCUCCUACUACAACUUUAGAUCCCACGACCAUUACAACAGAAGCACCCACUACGACCACUACAAACGCAGCUCUUACGACAACCGCAACUGAUACUCCUACUACAACUUUAGAUACUACGACCACUACAACAGCAGCACCUACAACGACAACUGUAGCUCCUACGACAACCACAACUGUAGCUCCAAGUACAACUGUAGCUCCUACCACCACAACUACACCACCUACUUCAACAACUACAACAGAAGCUCCUACGAUAACCACAACUGCAGCACCUGCUACGACAACUACAACUGAAGCUGCUACGACAACCACAACUUCAGUGCCUACUACGACAACUACAACACCUACUACAACACCUACUACGACAACUACAACACCUACUACGACAACUACAACACCUACUAUGACAACCACAACUGUAGCUCCUACGACAUCAUCUGUAGCUCCUUUGACCACUACAACUGCAGCACCUACUUCAACAACCACUGCAGCUCUUACAACCACUACAUCAGCAGCACCUACUUCGACAACUACAAAUGCAGUUCCUACAACAACGACAACUGAAGCUCCUACGACAACCACAACUGCAGCUCCAACUACAAUAUCUGUAGCUCCUACGUCCACUACAACAGCAGGAUCUACUACAACAACUACAAAUGCAGCUCCUACGACAACCACAACUGCAGCUCUUACUACAACUUUAGAUCCCACGACCAUUACAACAGAAGCACCCACGACGACCAUUACAAACACAGCUCCUACGACAACCGCAACUGAUACUCCUACUAAAACUUUAGAUACUACGACCACUACAACAGUAGCACCUACAACGACAACUGUAGCUCCUACGACAACCACAACUGUAGCUCCAAGUACAACUGUAGCUCCUACCACCACAACUACACCACCUACUUCAACAACUACAACUGAAGCUCCUACGAUAACCACAACUGCAGCACCUGCUACGACAACUACAACUGAAGCUGCUACGACAACCACAACUUCAGUGCCUACUACGACAACUACAACACCUACUACGACAACACCUACUACGACAACCACAACUGUAGCUCCUACGACACCAUCUGUAGCUCCUAUGACCACUACAACUGCAGCACCUACUUCAACAACCACUGCAGCUCUUACAACCACUACAUCAGCAGCACCUACUUCGACAACUACAAAUGCAGUUCCUACAACAACGACAACUGAAGCUCCUAUGACAACCACAACGGCAGCUCUAACUACAACAUCUGUAGCUCCUACGACCACAACAGCAGCAUCUACUACAACAAAUACAAAUGCAGCUCCUACGACAACCACAACUGCAGCUCCUACUACAACUUUAGAUCCCACGACCAUUACAACAGAAGCACCCACUACGACCACUACAAACGCAGCUACUACGACAACCUCAACUGAUACUCCUACUGCAACUUUAGAUACUACGACCACUACAACAGCAGCACCUACAACGACAACUGUAGCUCCUACGACAACCACAACUGUAGCUCCAAGUACAACUGUAGCUCCUACCACCACAACUACACCACCUACUUCGACAACCGUAGCAACUACGACCACAACUACACCACCUACUUCGACAACCGCUGCAUCUGCUAAAAUAACUACAACUGACGCUCCUACAACACCAUCUGUAGCUCUUACAACCACUACAACUGCAGCACCUACUUCAACAACUACAACUGAAGCUCCUACGAUAACCACAACUGCAGCACCUGCUACAAAAACUACAACUGAAGCUGCUAUGACAACCACAACUUCAGCGCCUACUACGACAACUACAACACCUACUACGACACCUACUACGACAACCACAACUGAAGCUCCUACGACAUCAUCUGUAGCUCCUAUGACCACUACAACUGCAGCACCUACUUCAACAACCACUGCAGCUCUUACAACAACUACAUCAGCAGUUCCUACAACAAUGACAACUGAAGCUCCUACGACAACCACAACUGCAGCUCCAACUACAACAUCUGUAGCUCCUACAACCACUACAACAGCAGCACCUACUACAACAACUACAAAUGCAGCUCCUACGACAACCACAUCUGCAGCUCCUACUACAACUUUAGAUCCCACGACCAUUACAACAGAAGCACCCACGACGACCAUUACAAACGCAGCUCCUACGACAACCGCAACUGAUACUCCUACUACAACUUUAGAUACUACGACCACUACAACAGCAGCACCUACAACGACAACCACAACAGCAGCACCUACAACAACAACUGUAGCUUUUACGACAACAAAUAUGUCCCCAACCACUACAACGUCAGCAGCUACAGCGAAAAUCACUUCAGCUCCUACUACAACAACUGUAGCUCUUACAACCACUACGACUGCAGCACAUACUACAACAACUACAACUGAAGCGCCUAUGAUAACCACAACUGCAGCACCUACUACGACAAUUAUAACUGAAGCUGCUACGACAACCACAAUUGCAGCACCUAUUACGACAACUGCAGCACCUACUACGACAACUGCAGCACCUACUACGACAACCACACCACCUACUACGACAACCACAACACCUACUACGACAACCACAACACCUACUACGACAACCACAACUGUAGCUCCUACGACAACCACAACUGUAGCUCCAAGUGCAACAACUGUAGCUCCUACGACCACAACUACACCACCUACUUCGACAACCGCUGCAGCAUCUGCUAAAAUAACUGCAACUGACGCUCCUACACCAUAUGUAGCUCUUACAACCACUACAACUGCAGCACCUACUUUAACAACUACAACUGAAGCUCCUACGAUAACCACAACUGCAGCACCUACAACAACAACUGUAGCUUCUAUGACAACAAAUAUAUCCCCAACCACUACAACGUCAGCAGCUACAGCAAAAAUCACUUCAGCUCCUACUACAACAACUGUAGCUCUUACAACCACUACGACUGCAACACAUUCUACAACUACAACUAAAGCUACUACGACAACCACAACUGCAGCACCUACUACGACAACGACAACUGCAGCACCUACUACGACAAUGACAAAUGCAGUUCCUAUGACAACCACAACUGCAGCUCCUACUACAACAACUUUAGAUCGUACGACCACAACAACAGAAGCACCUACAACGACAACUGAAGGUCCUACGAUAACCACAACAACAUCUGUAGCUCCUUCGCCAACAACUGUAGCUCCUACGACCACUACAACUGCAUCAUCUACUUUGACAACCACUGCAGCACCUGCUACAAUAACUACAACUGAAGCCCCUAUGACAACCACAACACCUACUAUGGCCAUUACAACAGCAGCACCCAUAACAAGAACUGUAGCUCCUAUGAUCAAUACAACUUCAGCACCUACUUCGACAACCACUGCAGCACCUGCUACAAUAACUACAACUGCAGCUCUUACAACAACCACAACUGCAGCUAAAGCUACAACCAUAACUGCACCUCCUACUAUAACAUUUUUAGCUCUUAUGACCCCUACAUCAGCCGCACCUACAAUGAAAUCUGUUGCUCCUACAGCAACUGUUGCGCCUACAACCACUACAUCUACCAUACCUACAACAACAACUAAAGCUCUUACUCCAAUAACUGUAGCUCCUUCAACCAGCACCACAAAAGCUGCUAUGACAAUCAAUUCAGCUCUUACUAAAACAACCAUUGGUCCUACCACCCCUACAACUGCAGCAUCUACUACGACAACAACUACAGCUCUUACAACAACCACAAUUGCAGCUACUAUGAUAACUGCAGCUCCUACAAGUGCAACUGCAGCUCCUACAGAUGCAACUGCAGCUCCUACAGCUGCAACUCUUACAACUGCAUCUGCAGCUCCUACAACUGCAGAUGAUAAUGCUGCAUUAAUUAAAACAGCUGUAGCUCCUACAACCACUACAAUGGCAGGUCCUUCAACAACCACAACUCCAGCUCCUUCGACAACCACAACGAAAGCUGCUACAACAACCACAAAUAUAGCUGCUACAACCACCACAACAGCAGCACCCACAACGACAACUGUAGAAGCUACCACACCACCUCCUACUCUUUUGCUGACCACUCCUUUCAAUACCACAAGUGGAGGUUUUCCUGGCUGGGCUCUGGCCAUUAUCAUCCCUUGUGGCAUCGCUAUCAUUCUGGUACCCCUGUGGAUCCUGCUAUGUUGCAUUUUAUGUGGCGGAUGUGUAGCUAUAAGGAGACGCUGGCACAGACGCAGAUCUUACAAUGUACAGUACAGCAGAAGAAACGGUCUCUUCUGAGGUGACAACGCUAACAUCUCUGGCCUAUUGUAAUCACAAGAACAGCCAAUCAUCUAUAUCUGCUAAUCAUGGCACUUUAAUGCAUGGAAAAAUUACUUGACUACACAGCAUUGCAUCUGAGAAGAUCAAGUGAAAAUGUAUAAUAGGCUUAAAAGGCCACAUGUUUUUUGUGCAAUGUACUACUUUAUAUAUUAUGCAUCUGAAUGUUAAUCAAAGUUACAGCUGAGCUGAACAUAGUAUGUUAAUAUAUUUAUUAGUUAUGUCAUUUGUGGUUUCAAGCUGUGCUGUCCACUUACUAAAACAGUUAUCAUUUAUUUAUUUCAUGUAUAAUAAGCUUCAUUCCAAUAUUUAUUUUUUGUUUGUUAUUUCCUCUCUUGAUUAACUAUGAACUAAUUUAUUUUAAACUUCAAUACAGUACAUGUUUCUUCAACUUAUAGUUUGACAAAUGUAAUGAAAAUACAAACCAGUAUUAUGAUCAAAUUUUAUGUAAAGGUUUGACUGCAGGGUGAUUAUAGACAGCACAUGUACACAUCAAAAGUAGUCAAAAUUGUCCGACCUGGCACCUUAAUCUAUGCAAAACUUAUUAAAGACCAAGUUCAGUCAAAAA